AUGGAAGCCACCUCAAAUGCCGAGACCACUGGCGAUAGCCAUGACGACGAUAUAGCAUUGCUAGCUACCAUCCCGCCUACUAUGACUCAAAAUGAGAUUGGGGAUGAAUGGCACAGGAGCGAUCUCCAACUGAGAGAAGAUGUUCAGCUCGAAGAUGUCGGCCUGCCGAGCAACGUCUUCAACGAGGCUACUACACUGUCCAUGCCCGAAGACGAAGCCUUUUGCUGCUUGUGUCAAAGGGAUUCUCAGGGAGAAGCAGACGCGCAAGAACUCCAUUUCUGUGCUCGUCUUGAGAAAUGCUCUUAUGCAUUCCACACGAUGUGCCUGGAUGAUCUGGUCAACUCGGCACCGACUGGUCAAAACAACGUCUUGUGUCCGUUGUGCAAAGCCAUCAUUUGCAAGCGCAGAAGGGCGCAGCCGGUGAUACACGAGGGGAGAGAGCAGCCUGAGGGUGAAGAGUAUAUGAAAUCAGAGGAGGGGUAUGUAGAAACGAACGAGGAAGAUGAGCAAUAG